AUGCUGUUUUUUAUUGCCGUUAUCCCCAUAGUGUGUCUCCCGUCCGGUUAUCUUUGGUGCAUGGGCCGCCAUCAGGCGAAGGUGGAGCGGAGGGCCGCCAUUGAGGAUGGAAUGCGGACUCAGGGCAUGGCGGAACCUCACGGAGCGACGGGUGGUCGGCUUCGCGCACAGCACCUCAUGGCCUGCAAUAGCGGACACCCUCAAGAUAAUGCCACGAGCCCGACGCGGCCACGUGAGCAGCAAGAAGGAAUGCAUGGGGGAUGCGGUCAGUUCGCCGCGGCGGAGAACUUUGGUUAUCCGCAGGAGCACGCUGCCGUCCAGCAGCAAGACGGAGAGGAGCCGUACGAGGGGUGUUACCAUCCGGCGUGCCAUGGAGGGACGUGCAUCGCAGUUGGCGACGAGUACGUGGGGUCCAUUCUCGUAGGGGCUGGGAAUGAAGAGGUGAAGCAGGUUGAUGAAAAUCCGAGCCAUGGCGGCCUCGCUGCUCACUCUUGA